AUGACUGAGAAUGAAAAAGAACAAAAUUUCACUAAAAGCAUUUUUAGUGACGACGAAAGUGAUAUUGACAAAGAAAGUGUUAAAAAUAAAAAAAGAAAAAACGAUGAUAAUAAACAACAUAAUGAGGAUAGUAAUGAUGAUAUAAGUGAACCUAAUGUAAAAAAAUUAGAAAUAUCAAGGAAAAGAAAAAAAAUAAGUAAUACAAAAAUAAAUAUAAAUACAAAUAAGGAAGGGCAAGAAGAUAAUGAACAUAACCAUUUUGAUGAUAAUGAUGAGGAGGAGGAACAUGAAGAAGAAGAAGCUGGUGAAGAAAUUGAAGGACGUGAAGAAGAAGUUGAUGGUGAUGACGAUGGUGAUGAUGACGGUGAUGAUGAUGAUGAUGAAGAUGAAGAUGAUGAAGAUGACGAGGAGGGCGAAGAAGAAGAUUAUGAAGAUGAAAAUUUAUUACACGAAAAUAGUAGUUAUAAUAAUAAUAAAGACAUGAAUGAAAGUGGAUCAAAAAAAAGAAGAACAGGAAAAAAUAAAUAUUUAUCAACCUUUUUAGAUACAGAAGCACAAGUUGGAGAUGAUGAUGAAGAAGAAGAAUAUGAAAGUUCAUAUAUUGAUGAAUUUGAAGAAGCUAAAAGAUUAGAAAAGAAAAAAUUAUAUGAACAAAAAUUAAAAAGUGGAACAAAUCAUUUAGCACAAGCAAUUAAUAAAUUAUCUAAAAGAUAUGAAAAUGAAAAAGAAGUUAAAGAAGAUGAUAUAUUAACAGAAGGAGAAACAUUAACAGAUGGUGAAAUAUUAGUAGAUGAUUAUUCUGAUGAAAGAAGAGAACGAAUACAAACAAUUGACAGUCCGAAAAUGUGGUUAAUAAAAUUAUUUAAAAAUAAUGUAGAAAGAAAUUUAGCUAUAGGAAUUUAUCAUAAAUAUAUGAAAUUAAAAGAUAAUGAUUUUAAUAUUAAAGGUAUAUAUGUAUCUGAUAAUUUAAAAGGUUAUAUAUAUAUAGAAGCAGAUAGUUUAUAUAUGUUAAAAAAAUUUUUAUUAGGAUUCAAAUUUAUUAAUCUUAAUGAAAUAUCUAUUGUGCCAAUACAAGAAUUGACUUCUAUAUUUACUAUGUGUCAUUCAAAAAUUAAUAUACCAAAAGUUAAUGAAUAUGUUAGAAUAAAAAGAGGAUUAUAUUUAAAUGAUAUUGGACAAAUAUAUGAAAUUCAUGAAAAAGGUAUAUAUGCUAUUGUUCGAUUAAUACCAAGAAUUACAUAUGAACAUUUUAUGAAUGCAAAAAAAAAUAAAUAUUAUAAUCAGAAAUCGUCUUUAAAUAAAUUAACAUCUAUAAUUGAUAAAAAUAAUAAAAGCAAUUCUUAUUAUUUUAAUGAUAAAUUAGAUAUGAAUAGAAGUUCUAAUUUUUCAAAAUAUCCAAAUGAUGAUAUGUUAUUAAAUGGAGAUAUGACAAAUGAUUAUAUGUCAAAUGAUUAUAUGUCAAAUGAAUAUGGAUCAAAUGGGUAUGUAUCAAAUGGAUAUGCUUCAAAUGAAUAUUUAUCAUAUGCUUAUGCAUCUAAUGAAGAAAUGGGAAAUGAUUAUAUGAAUGACGAUUAUUUAAUAAAUGGAAAUGAUGAAGAAAGUUUAAAAAAAAAAAACAAACAAAAAAAAGCAAAAGAUUAUUUAGAUGAAGCAUUACAAUUAAGAAAGAAAAAAAAAGAAAGACCAUUUCAAAAAUUAUUUGAUAGAGAUGAAAUUGAACGUAUUGGUGGUGUUAUUGAAACAGGUCCUUAUCCAAGAACUAUCAAAUAUCAAAAUAAUAUUUUUGAAGAAAAUGGUUAUAUAUUAAAAAAAAUGAAUAUUAAAUAUCUUAUUACAGAAAAUGCAAAUAUCACUUUAACCGAAAUAAGAGAAUUUAAUAAAAAUAAUGGUGUGACAGGUGAAAAAGCUAGUUUAGGUAUUACCAAAUCUUUUAUAAAUAAAAAUUCUCUACAUUUAUUUAAAAAAGAUGAAAGAGUCAAAAUUUUAAAAGGAGAAUUAUGUAAUUUAAUAGGUACCAUUACUGCAGUUAAUGAUAAUGUUUUAACUAUAAAUCCUGAUAAUUUAGCAAAACAAUUUAAAUUUUUACCUACUGAUGUAACCAAAUAUUUUAUUGAAGGAGAUAAUGUAACAGUUAUUAAUGGUUUACAUAAAGGAAAAAGUGGCUUAAUUUCACUUAUAGAUUAUAAAGAAAAUGUUGCACUCAUAUUUUCUCCAGCUUUAAAUACUGAAUUAAGAUGUUCUAUACAAGAUUUAUCUCUAUCUAUUAAUAAUAGUGAAGGUUUAGGAGGUGUGCAUACUCUGAAUGGAUUUUCAGUAGGUGAUUUAAUUGAGUUAAAUGAUAGACAGAUAGGUGUCAUAACAUAUAUUGAUAAGAAUAAACAUAUACGUGUAUUAACAAAUAAUAAUACAACAUUACAUACAACCAUAAGUUCUAUAACAUCAAAACGUUCAGCUGUAGGACAAGUAGGAAGAGAUGAAAAUAAUAAUAUUCUUCAAUCAAAAGAUAAUAUACAAAUAGUACGUGGGGCACAUAGGAACAAAAUAGCAGUAAUUAUGUAUAUAUGGAAAAAUAAAAUUUUUGGUAAAAUAAAUAAAAAAAUUGAAGAUAAUGGUUUUGUUGUUUUAGAAUGUCAAAAUUGUUCUUUAGUAGGAAAUCCAAUGGAAAAAAAAAAAAUUAUGACAAAUAAUAAUUUGUUUAGAAGUAAUACAAAUUAUAUAAGAAGAAAUAAUAAUUUCAAUUCAUUUAUUGGGAAAACAGUAAAAAUAUUAACAGGUGUAUAUAAAGGCUUAUUAGCAGAUGUUAUAGAUGCUGAAAGAGACGAAUUUACAUUAUUAUUAAAAAUUAAACCUAAAACUGUAAGACAAAAAAGAAUAGAAUGUGCUAUAUCAGAUUCAUAUAAAGAUCAAAAUGUACAUGAAGAAAAUGAUGAAAUCGAAAUAGAAAAUAAAAAUAAAUUAAAACCAUUACAAAUGUUUCAAUUUUCAGAUCAAAAAAAAAAUAAAUUCAAUGAUUCUUUUUAUAAUCCAAGAGAAAAAAAAAGUUUUGAUAAAAUACCUCCUAAACAUUCUUCAAUAGAUAGUACAAAUAAUCAACGAAAUUAUUAUAAUUAUGGAGAUAAAUGGAGUUAUGCAAAUAAUAAUAAUAAUAUGAAUGAAAAUGUAUAUACAUCUCCUCAUAAGUAUAAUCAUAAUGAUAGGCAUAAUCAUCAUGAUAAUAGAUAUAAUCAUCAUGAUAAUAGAUAUAGUCAUCAUGAUAAUAAAUAUAAUAAUAAUCAUUAUGAAGAGGAUUAUAUUAAGAAAAAACAUAGCACCAAUAAUUUUAGGGAUUCAACUUAUAAUAUAAAACACGAAGAGCAUAAAAAUUAUGUAACUCCUAUUGGUGAAGAAAAUAAAAAGAAUUAUAAUAAACACGAAACGAAAAAAGAAUAUAAUAAUAAUAUAAUACCAAAUAAAAUAAAUAACAAUGAUCAAAAAGAAGACAGUCAUAUAUGGUUACAUAUAGAUAUUAUGGUAAAGGUCAUAACACCAGGACCAUUUUAUAAUGAAAUAGGUAAAAUUAUUGAUGUUAUAAAAAAAAAUGCAUAUACUAUUUUAAAAAUACAAACUGAUAAAACAACAUUUAAUAUAGUAUCCGAUGCAGUCGUUCCUUUAAAACCUCAGAAAAAAAAUGAUCAUAUUUUGAUUUUUGAUAAAGGAGAGGAAAUUGAAGGAACAGUUCAAGAUAUUAAAAUUAAUGAGGUUCAGGCUAAUACUACUUCUGGACUCUUUACAUGUCAUUUAAAAAAUACUUUUUUAUAUAAAAAUUAUAUACCAUAA